AGUCAUAUGAAUUCCAUUUCUUCAUGCAAAAUUCAAGCUAUUACUAAUAGUAUUUCAACACCUUGUUAUAUUUUCAUAAUUACUUCAUAAAUUAUAAUCAAGAAAGUAAACUUUUCAUUCUAUAGAUUUUCCAUUUUUGACGAUAUCUUGCAGGACAGAUUUUUCAAGUUGUUUCAAAACAAAGAAAAAAAUAAAUAAAUAUGGGGAGUGCUGCUUGUGAUGGGAAAUUCGAGCUCGAAAUCAAGCAAGAAGAGCCAACAAGAGUUCCACCAGUGGAGAAAACAGAAAAAGGGCAUUACUUCUUGUGCAACUUAGACCAAAACAUUGCUGUUAUAAUGAGGACAAUUUACUUGUACAAGUCACCAGAGAAAGGAAAUGCAGAUGCUGCAAAAAUUGUCAGAGAAUCAUUGUCUAAGGUUCUUGUUCAUUUCUACCCUCUUGCAGGGCGGCUAACUAUGAGUCCUGAGGGUAAGUUGAUCGUUGAUUGUAUCGGAGAAGGACCGCUGUUUGUCGAGGCAGAGGCAAAUUGCUCUGUGUUAGAGCUGGUUGGCAUAGCUGGUGCUGAUCCCAUGGUGCUAAAGAACCUUAUAUAUGAUGUUCCUGGUGCUAAAAAUAUAAUUGAGACUCCUAUUUUCACUGUUCAGGUCACAAAGUUCAGCUGUGGAGCCUUUGCAGUAGGCUUAGCCAUGAACCAUUGCAUGGCUGAUGGGAUUUCUGCAGUGGAGUUCAUCAACUCAUGGGGUGAAAUAGCGCGAGGAUUACCAUUAAGCACCCCUCCCUCUUUAGACAGAACGAUCCUCAAGGCAAGAGAUCCACCUCAGAUUGAAUUCCCUCAGAAUGAAUUCCUUGAUAUUGAGGACAUAUCAUACACCCAUGAGCUGUAUGAUGAAGAAAUGGUGCACCGAGCCUUUCCAUUCAGCCCUGAGAAGCUAGGACGAUUGAAGGAAAAAGCUUUAGAAAGCGGAGCUUUAAGCAAAUGCACUACUUUUGAAGCAUUAACUGCCUUGGUUUGGAGAGCUAGAUGCAAAGCCCUGAGAAUGCAUCCUGAUCAACAAACAAAGCUCCUCUUUGCAGUUGAUGGCCGGUCUAAAUUUGAUCCUCCGCUACCUAAGGGUUUCUUUGGUAACGGGAUUGUUCUCACUAACGCGCUGUGCAAAGCAGGGGAUCUCCUUGAGACCCCUUUGUCACACGCGGUAGAGUUGGUUCAAGGAGCAGUUAAGCUAGUUACCGACAGUUACAUGAGAUCGGCCAUAGACUACUUUGAGUUGACCAGGGCUAGGCCUUCUAUGAAUGGUACACUAUUGAUCACAGCUUGGUCUAGACUGGCUUUUCAUUCCCCCAACUUUGGAUGGGGGGAGACAAUUUACACGGGGCCUGUGGGUGUGCCUGAAAAAGAGGUCGCGUUGUUUCUUCCUAGUGGAGAAGAUAGGAGAAGCAUAAAUGUGCAUCUUGGGAUGCCAGCCUCUGCUAUGAAAAUCUUUGAAGAAGAAAUCAUGCGGAUAUAAGGAUAUAACAAGGAAAAGUUUAAUUGUCCUGAUGUUGCUCUUUAUUACAAGUUAUAUAUAUUUGUAUUGUGGUACAUAGUAGUAUAGUUCUACGUCUAUUCGCAGAUCAAUGGAUGGGGAAGAGCUUGAACUCAAAUAUCCACACACUGAAGAUGGAAUUUGUGAGCUUAUAGACUAAGAGCUAGGAGAGUUUUCGAGCUACAAUAUUUCCAUUUCCAUUUGUUAUCGUUUAUACCAUACUGUUGAGUGUUUAUGCUUAUGUUAAAGCUAUAGAAUUCGAUAAGAUGUAUAUUUAUGCAGGUGUAUAAGAUGCAUAUCUAUGCAGAUGUAUCAAAUGUGAAAAAUAAUGCAAAUCAUGUAUUGACAAACAUAACUGUGAAGGACACCAGUUCGAAAAGUA